UUUGAGUCAAUAGCCGAGAGCUUGACGAAUCAACUUUUCCUCGGGCCCGAUGGCGUAGAUCAACCCGGAAUCGCCUACUCUAACGAGACAUACGUGGUAGUCCGCUGGGAGUGGGCGAUUUUCCCCGUCCUACUCGUCCUCAUCGGUGCCAUCUUCCUGAUUGCCAACUUAUGGAUCAACGGCCACCACAGAGUUCCGCUCUGGAAAUCAAGCCUCUUGCCGCUCCUCUUUCAUGGUUUGGAAAAGGUUGAAGAAGAC